GCUCGAUAUCGAUAGUCGAUCUAGCAAAAUUGGCGAUCACCAAAAGAGAGUAUCAGAAAUUUAAGGUUAAGACCUUUCUUCACAUAUUUAGUAUUUAAAUGGUUAUUUCUCCAAGAAUUUUUGAAUUUCAUUGAAUUAUCGGAUAUUAUGAUGCUUUCAAGAGUACUUAUUUUUAUAUAAACAUUGGUACAUUCAUAAUUCUUUAAAAUACUUGGUUUUAGAACAAUGGAUUCAACAUCAUUACAGUUUACUGAUGAAUCAGAGCCGAGUUGCAGUGCUGUGUCUCUUGCAAUUAAAUCGAACAAUGACAUGCCAAACAACAUGGAGGCAAGAGCUGGUUCGGAUGAAGACUACCUGGAUAGCAACGAUGAAGAAAUCCUGCCAUUGGAGCAUGUCGAGGUGAAAACCGAAUUAAUUUCUGACUACGAAGAUGAAGCUGACUUUAAAGGCACAUCUGACUAUGGAGAUACAGCUGACUACCCGUCAUCCAACGACUUGGAAGAUUCCACCUCGUCACUUGCAGACCGCCCACACAACACGAAGGUGUUCGACUGCCCCAAAUGCUCAAAAUAUUUCUUCCAUAUUUCGGCAUUGAAACGCCACAUGAUCAUCCAUGCAAGCCUCAACGAAAAGAAACUCUACACCUGUGUAAUCUGUUUGAAAGAGUUUACACAUAUAAUAAGUUUGGAGUCGCAUGUGAAGGAAGCUCACCCGGGAAAGAAAGGGUUUCCGUGCCCGAUCUGUUCCAAGGGCCACUCUAGGCUAUCAGACAUGAAGAGACACAUAAAACUGCAUGAAGGACAUGACGGUAUAAAGUGUGAGAUGUGCGGCAAACAGUUUCCGCGCGAGUAUGACCUGAAACGUCACAUGUUGACGCACACGGGUGAGCGGCCGCACAAGUGCAAGGUGUGUUCGAAAUGUUUCGCCUCCUCCUACAACAUGAAAGUGCACAUGUUGUCGCACAACAAGGAGAAGCUGCAUCCGUGCAAAGUGUGCUCCGACGGAUUCCGCUAUGCGUCACACCUCAAGGAACACAUGUCGACGGCCCACCCUGACGAAGCCCCUUACAUUUGCGAAAAGUGUGGAGAAGGUUGCUCGGAUCCCCUCACCCUCAAAACCCACUUCGCGACACACGUGGACCCGAAACAGAGCUACGUAUGUAGUGUGUGUGGGAAGGGUUUCACGUACCCUUCAUACCUCAAAUGUCAUAUGUUGAGUCAUACUGGGGAAAAGCCUUUCGGGUGUGAAACUUGUGGAAAACGGUUUUUCCGGCGGCCACAGUUGAAGACACAUAUGUUGACUCACAAAGGCGAGAAUCCGAAUGUUUGUACGUUGUGCUCGAAAUCGUUCACGAGGAAUUCGUGUUUGAGGAGGCAUAUUUUGGUGCAGCAUACUGAGUUUCAGGCUCGGCCUCACAGUCCUAAUGAAGACUCCGCUAGCUGAAUUGAUAUAACUUUACAUUAAAACGACCUACAAAGUCAACAAACUUUAUAAAAAUUGUUGAAUGAAAAUUUAUUGUGGAUGUUUUUCAUAAUUGAGUUUUAUUUUGUCACAUCCACAUUUAUUAUGCAUUGAUACAAUUUUAAUUAAUAAAUAUGGAUGUAAUUGUAGGAAUCGUUCUGAAAAUUCCUCAUUCAGAUGCUUUAAUCUCAGUAAAUACAUUUGAAGUGGAACCCUACUGGAGGAGGUGGGGAAGGGGCUCUUAUUCCUACAAUUGCGGACAUUGAAAAUAAAUUUAGAUGUGAAAAAAUUGAACUGUGUUUUUUCAAUUCAACAAAAUUAAAAAAACGAUUUAUAUCAACAAUCUAUUAAAAUUAUGUACAUAAUUAUAUCAAUACAGUAUAUUGAUGUUUUAUAUAAAUAUUAAAAUGAGCUAGGCGUUCAAACUUAUUUUUAGUUGAAACACUGUUUUUUUACUGAGGACUCUACACAGGAAAGGAAACUUAUAUCAUGGAACUGUGGUAAUGUUUACAUAUUUUGAGCUUAUGUAACAUCAGAUUUAUUUCUUUGAUAUUGUAGAUCUAUUCGAGCAAAUAAAUUUGCAAGAAUCAAAUAAAUUUUAAAUUCACUAGUCUGAAUUCUUUCAUUAAUAUAAUUAUUCACUUUGAAAUUGUUACUCAUGAAUGUGUUACCGCUGGUUCGCAAUGCAUCGUUUCACACAUUUUACAAGAGCUGUAUUUUUACAAA